UUGCCACGUCACAGUGUGUCAGACGCAAACACCCACGGUGGUGGUGUGGCCAUUCAAAAAUGCUUCAUUUCGAAAGCGAAUUAUAUUGCUUGACCAACUCGGCAUUUUGUAGAAGAGUUUAACUACGAAGCUACCUUAAUUCGUUGCGGAAAUUCCACUCUGUCGUUUGUUCUUGCUUGCUGUUUACCGGCCAAGGUUGUGGAAUGCUGCUGGACGAGACUCCAUUGUUUGAUCCUUCUCUGCUUCGGGAGUUAGAUUGGAGCAACAACAGUGUCUCCUUCUCCCCCCUCAUCUCGCCCUCCAACCCGGGCCAAGGCUUGGUGCUCAGGCCCCUCUGCCCUGCCGACUUCAACAGGGGGUUCUUUAAGGUUCUAUCUCAAUUAACCGAGACGGGUGAUGUCUCCGCAGACCAGUUUAUAAAAAAGUUUGAACACAUGAAAAAAACAGGGGACUACUAUGUGGUGGUGGUAGAGGACACCAAUCUUGGACAAAUUGUGGCAACGGCCACUUUAAUCACGGAGCAUAAAUUCAUUCAUUCUUGUGCAAAGAGAGGCCGAGUGGAGGAAGUAGUGGUUAGUGACGCGUGCAGAGGCAAACAGCUGGGAAAAUUGUUAAUGUCCACACUGACACUACUCAGCAAAAAACUCAAUUGCUAUAAAAUCACACUGGAAUGCGCACCCAAAAACGUUGCUUUCUAUCAAAAGUUCGGUUACGGCGCUUCAGACGAGACUUACAUGCAGUGUCGCUUUUCCAAUUGAGGAAGUCUGGGCUCCGAGCGCAACUUCCCACGCUGACCUCUGACGAGGAGACUUCACAGCUGAAGUAAACUAAAACAUGUGUUGAACCCCCACCCCACCCCACCCCAUCCUUCUUUUGUUUUGGUAACCGUGGCUACCUCACUACAGCAGAACUGAACACGGGAUCAUCAAUGUCUGUAAAUGUCUUUUUUUUUGUUACAAUGGUAACAGAAACUUUGAAUGAAAUCAGCCAGGCAUUUAGCUAUUUCCUUGAAGCAUCCAAUAAUUCAUCAAUAAAUCAUUGUGAAAGGCAAGUAACCAAAGAACAAUAAUCAGAUCUGAAAAAUGACAAUGAUCUCGGCGAAGGUGUAAAUCCCAUAGGAUUUAAAAUCGGUGUAAGCCAACAGAAGUUUAUGAACAUUCAAUGUCAUUAACGGUUUAUUUUUGUAACGCUGCGAUGAUUACAUUUGUGAUGGGUGGGACGGAUUAUUCAAAAGUUAGAUUUGUAAAUUCAUAUUUAAGUGACUUUUUUUUUUUUUGUUGGGCUUUGGGAAUGUAUUUAAUGUAAUUUAUUGCCAAAUAUGUACAAAAGUAAAUAAAACAGCAGUAAAA